AUGGAAUCGGCGCUAUCCUGCGGCAUCUGCGACUUGUGCAAACGGGGCCAGUACAAUAUGUGUAGCGGCAUGGUCUACAAUGGAUUCAUGACAACCUACCAAACCCAUCCGGGGGAUCUAUGCCAUCGCUUAGAUCCAUCCAUCAGCAUGGACGAGGGCACCCUCGUCCAGACACUGGCCCUGGGCUGCCAGGCUUGCCUCACGGGCAGUGUAACACCCACAAGCAACGUCCUCAUCAUCGGUGCCUGCCCAACAGCCGUGUCAGCGGGUCUUUGUGCCCGAGCCAUGGGCGCCAAGAGUGUGGUUAUUGGUGGCUUGAGUGGAAAAGCAUUGGAAGCGGUGUCUCGAGAUUUUGGUUUCGACACCGUCACCAUCGACGAGAGUCGUUUGUUUGGCGAGGUGUUGGAGGCCAUGUACUGCAAGUUCCAUGACUGGCCCGACCGUGUCAUCAAUUGCUCCAUCUCUGCCCUGACAAUGAACCUGGCCGUGAUGGCCCUGCAACCCAGUGGUAUUUGCGUGCUGGCCGAGUGCGAUUCAGAAUGCGCCAGCUUCAAUGCCCUGGACGUCCUAAUGAAGAAUAUCCGAUUGAUACCCAGUUUUCGUAGCGCAAAUAUGUAUCCAACCGCCCUGCAGCUUAUGAAAUCGGGUCGAGCUCCCAUGAGGCAGCUCAUCGCCGGAACCUUCCCAAUGAGCCACGCUGAGGAGGCCUUCUGUGCGGCCCUAAAGGAAUCCGAUGAGGGCCUUGGAAAAGUUAUUGUCAACUGUGCCGACGAAACAGGACCCGAGGCGAGAAAAAAGCCAAAAUCCUUUCAAAAGUCGUAA